AUGAAGCAACGGCUGGAGACGUCCCCGAUCCCCUCAAGCCCCUCAGCCCUCAAGUGUGCCCCUGCACUCCUCGGGGGUCGACAUCCACUUACAGUACCACCCACCAGCAAGGCCGUAGGGCGCUGCACGUUCUCUGGCGGGCCUUUCACGACAAAAUACAAUACCGUUUGGGUGGUCGCUGAUCCGUUCGGAUGCGCUUCCGACCGUGACAGGUUCCGGAGUGCUGGUAGCACCCUUCCCUUCCUCUCCGUACCACCAUACCUCGUUAGCGUCUUCUACGUGUCUGCUGAUCUCGUACUGCUUCGUGAUGGUGAAGAUGUCGUGAUGUUUGCUGUCAACCAAUAG